AUGGGGGAGCCUCCGCGGCGGCAGUUGCCGGAUUGCAACGCCCGCUACCGGGACCGGAGCUUCUGGGAGGCGCGCUACCGGGACGAAGGGGCUGCCCCGGCCGAGUGGUUCGGGGGCUUGGAAUGUUUCCGCGAACAGCUGGAAGCCGAGCUGAGCCCGGCGGGACGGGUCCUCCAACCCCGUGUAGGCUGUGGGAACAGUGCCUUGAGUUACGACCUCUACCAGCUGGGCUAUACAGACAUCACCAGCAUCGACUACUCCGCAGCCUGCAUUGCAAGCAUGCAAGAUUACUACGCCCACUGCCCCGGACUCCAGUGGGUAGUGAUGGACGCCCAGGCCUUGGUGUUCCGGGACGGAAGCUUUGACGUCGUCUUGGAGAAGGGCACUCUGGAUUCCUUGAUGGUGGGAGAAACAGAUCCUUGGCACGUGUCUCGGGAGGCCAGGGGGCGCCUGGAACAGGUUUUGGCGGAGGUCAGCAGAGUCCUGCAGCCCCGGGGGCGCUUUGUCUCCAUCACGUUUGCCCAGCCGCACUUCCGCAAGCGCCACUAUGCCCAGCCCGCCUACGGCUGGUCCGCCCGUCACGUCACCUACGGCAGCGGCUUCCAUUACUUCCUGUACGUCAUGCAGAAGGGCGAGGGGCUGUCCCCGUCGGACCUGGCCCUGGGGCGGAGCCUCCACUCGCCCCUCGGGGCACUGGCCCCCGCGCGCCCGCUCCAGGACGAGGAGGAAGAGGAGGGGGAGAGCUUUCUCUCCGCCAUUGAACUGUGAACCCCUGGGAUGGAGGGAGGGGGCUCAGCCGCUUCCCAAGGAAAAGGACUCGUGUGACCAUGCCCCGGAUUGCUUCCGUCGGACUACCAGAGGCAAAAUUCCUCUGGGUGGUCCCUUCACUCAUUUGGGUGAAGAAGGACUUCCUUUGAUCUGUUCUAAGCCUAUUGCUCAUAGAUAUAUAUUUCUUGUUUUGUGUUUUUUUAAAAAAAAUUGUGCCUUCUCUGCGCUUGGCAGCAGAAGCCCGUUUUUCCCGUGGAGCGGGACGGGAAUGUCCUCUGCCAUGAACUCUGUUUUGUAUCGAACGUUUCCCUCUAAAGUCUCUCUCCUGCCAUCACAGGGCUGGGCUACAGAUUUGCGGGGCGCUAGAAUCCCCGGGAUCGGUUUUUUGAACGUUUUAUCUGUGCCAUGAUCUUUUUUUAAAAAAAACACAAAAUCAUCUCCUCCAGUUAUACUGGAGUGGUCUACUGGGCUGCAUCUUUUCGACUGUCCUCGGAGAGGCGAAAGGUAUCUCUAAAGGGGAAGAUACAGAAUUUCUCCUUCUGCCGUCUUAACAGCCUCCCGGCGGCUUUAGCCGGCUCCUUCUCGUUUCUAAAUAAACCACAGCUGGAA